CGCGACUGCUCUCCUCUAAUGUCCUUUCCCAGCCUCCGUACUUUCUGCUGGCCCCGCCCCUUUGUUGCUUCUUCUCGAAAGCGUACAGGCCGCUCUUUGAAAAGCUAGUUAGAUAGCUAACUAGAAGACUAUUGAACACUUCGAAAGGGAAACAUAAAACUUGAGUUGGUGACCUCACAAGGAAUUCCCCUCCUGCUCUGGUGGGAGGAAGAAGAUCCAGUGUCAUGACAACUCAGAACCUGGAAUAACUUGUCUUGGUCGGAGACUCACAAAAGCAGCACUUCCUGAAACUCCCAGUGUGGGAGGAGAGAUCUAGGAGACCUUUGAAUCCAUAUGAAAGGAAAGACACCUCACCCUAUUUUUUUGUUGUUGACCAAGACACAUUGUAACUCAUCAGAAUAGGAUAAUUUAAGAAUCUUCUGGGACAAAAUGGAUCGAGAGAAGGGAUUGUUGAUGGAUGAAAUCGAAAAGGGUUUAUGGAAUUUAACCGAGGACAAUCUGCGUUACCUUUGUGAACGUCAUGGACACUGUGGGAAAGAUGGCUUCAGGGUUAAAGGAAUGGAUCACCGCUCGUUGCGGCGUAAAAUCCUGGAGGAAAUGUGGGACAAUACGGAUUCAAUGAAAUCAGAGGAGCAGGGAAUAUCUUGGUUAGUCCAACUGAAAGAGGACAUCAGGAGGAUACAGGAGGAGGGUAGCAGUGCUGCUGAUGAUGAUGAUGCUGUAGACUGUGACGAAGAAUGGAACGGAGAGGGCGGGGUUCAGUUACCUAGCAAUGGGUUGGAGGUGGAGCCCAUGAGUUCCAGCCAAUCUGAUGAUGAUGGCGAUGUAGACUGUGAUGAAGAAAGGGACGAGGAGGUCAGGGAUUGGAUGGCUAGCGAUGGGCUGGAGGUGGAGUUGUCUCCAGAGAGACACACACCAGAGCAGAGAGUGAGAGAGGACAAGCCUCCCCGGCCCCCCGCCACCCCCUCGAAGUCCCCGGGUCGUGUGUCCCGCGGCAGCGCCCUACUGCGCUGUCUGAAGAAGAGGGUGUCUGUGCAGCUUGACGACAGCAAGACAACUCGCACAGGAGAGAAAUCUCACAGCCCGUCUAGCGCUAAACGAUGCAAGAAAAGUCUCCCGGGAGACAGGCCAAGCUCCCAUAUCUGUGAUGACUGUGGGAAGAAUUUAGGAAGUCAAAAAAGCCUGAAAAGCCACAUGCGCGUUCAUACCGAAGACAAACCUCACGAGUGCUCCGAGUGUGGGGAGACGUUCCGUCUGUUAAGAAGCCUUAAAAAACAUCAGAAACUUCACACUGGUGAGGUUAGAGGGACGAAGAAAGUCAAAGUCCCUCAUCCGUGUCCUCACUGCGGGACGAUGCUAGCGUCGAAGAAAGAAUUAAAGGAUCAUCUGAGAAUCCGCCACACUGAGAAAACUCAGCUCUGCUCUGAAUGUGGCAAGAGAUUCUCUAGCACCUACGCCCUGAGGAAACACCAGAGACUACACACUGGGGAGCAGCUCCACCUCUGCCCUGACUGUGGGAAGACCUUCUAUACUCAGGCACACUUGAUAUCUCACCAGAGGGUCCAUGCUGAACACAGGGAAAGGCCGCAUGUGUGUCCCGUCUGUGGGAGGGGCUUUACAGCAGCUUCGUCCUUGAAGUCACAUCAGAGUAUUCACACCGGAGAGAAACCUUACCUCUGCUCUGAAUGCGGGAAGAGUUUCAGAACAUUAGGACACUUCACAACACACCAGAAGCAGCAUGUCGAAGCAAAGCCAUCUUUCCCUUGCCCUGUUUGCAAUCAGUGUCUCUCAACAAAGCGCAACCUGAUAUUUCACCAGAGAAUGCACACGGGAGAGAAGCCUUACCAUUGCUCUCAGUGUGACCGGCGCUUUGUUAAUGAGCAGAAAUUGAAAAGUCAUCAGCGUGUACACACUGGAGAGAAGCCCUACCUUUGCUCCCAGUGUGGGAAAAGUUUUGCUCUUUCACAGAAUCUUAAAAAGCAUCUCAGGGUGCAUUCAGGUGAGAGACGUUACAGAUGUACCUAUUGUGUAAAGAGUUUCAUUUCUUCAUCUGGUCUGAAAUCACACCUGCAAACGCACACUGGAGUGAAACCCUGCCACUGCCCUGAAUGUGGGAAAGGUUUCUCAGAGAAGAGAGCUCUGAAGAAUCACAUGCUCACACACGGGAGAGAAACCGCUCCAACGUUCCAAUGUCUGUGAGAAUGUAACUCGGCACCCGGAGAUACACGCUGGGGUUGAAGAGCAUAAAUAACUGCCAUUAGAAUGAGUCGCUCUGGAUAAGAGCGUCUGCUAAAUUACUAAAACGUUUUAAAAUAAAACUUAGAUAUUGUACACGGCUGCCUUCCCGACUCCCACGUGAUAGACUGUCUGAUUUUCUCUGAAAAGACUUACCAAGAAACUACCAUUAACUAGUUAUUUUGUGUCUGGGUGUUCUGUUUAUGAAUUGUCUGCUUGCUUUGAACUGUUCUAUCUAGCCUGAAUCCAUAACCUGUUUUGUGCGAAUAUGUGUGUGUAUAUAUAAAUGUAUAUAUGACUCCCAUUUUGGCAUGUAUUUAGCAGUGUAAGGUGCAGUUACCAAUGUGGACACAAAAAGGACACCACUUGCCUGUUUAAUGUUGUGAGGUUGCUUCACUUGUCUUCUACUAUGGUUGGCUCGCGCUAUGGCCGUUUUAGAAGAGGUCUGCCAAGACAACUGUACACAUCUGAACGAAGCAACUAGAUAAAUACAUUAUGACAUCUUAUUCACGAGGUAACGAACACGCCUGCACUGAUCUGCCUCGUAUCUUUUGCAUAGUCAUGGGAUUGAUCAAAAGGACUCCGCCUACAAUGGGCUGUUAUAAUUUUCAAAAAUAAUACUGAAGUGAAGUACAUUUAUUUGUCAAAACAGGCUGAUUUAAUAAGCCUGUGGGGGGGGUAGUCUGCCAUUGUAAAUAAGAAUUUGUUUGUUAACUGACUUGCCUAGUUAAAUAUUUAUAUAUGUUAUUUAACUAGGCAAGUCGUGGUGCUCCCUGUGCACAUUGAGUGCGAGUGUGCAUGUGAGUUGGCCCCCGUGAAAAGGAUGCAACCCGGAGAUAUACAGUGCAACAGGUAACCGAGCGGUUAAGAGCGGUUAACCGAAAGGUCACUGGUUCGAAUCCUUGAGACGAAUAGGUGAAAAUCUGCCCUUGAGCAAGGCACUUAACUCUAAAUGCUCCUGUAAAUCGCUCUAGAUAAGAGCGUCUGCUAAAUGUUUUAUAUAGACUGUCCACAAGUCAGCGUUUUGCGAACGUGAGUAGGUUACGUUGAAAACAGUUUUCCAUUUUGGAUGCGGUCUCCAGUUAAUUUCUAGGCCGAGGCUAGGAAUAUAAAGUGUUCUCCCCUGCCUCCGUCCCUCUCCUUUAGAUUGUCUCCAGUUAAUUUCUAGGCCGAGGCUAGGAAUAUAAAGUGUUCUCCCCCUGC